UGCAGGGUGGCAGGUUGGGAGCACAAUACACCUGCAUAGCUAGGACUCAGCACGGAUCUCAAUCUACUCCCUGAAGUUAGAACUAGGAUGAUUCCAGGCAUUCCCGAGGGCUAUCGCGAAGUUUCCAGUGGAGGUACCGACCUCCCAUGGGUAGGCUUCGUGUCGACCAAACCAUAUACGAAUGCCUUCAUUGUACAAAAAGAUCGGAUACUGCUUGGCUUGAAAAAGCGUGGGUUUGGGGUCGGAAAAUGGAACGGGUUCGGCGGUAAGGUAGACCCGGGAGAACAGCCUUGGCAAGCGGCGGUACGCGAGCUGCAGGAAGAAGCGUGUAUCACCUCUAACCUCGAACACUGCGCCACGAUCUAUUUUGUGAGCAAGGGCGCAGAUGUCGCCUUGCACGUCGACUACUACCGUGCCUCGUCUUACGACGGCACCCCGUCCGAGACGGAGGAGAUGCGCCCGGCCUGGUUUGCAAUGCCAAGUAGGCAAGAGUACGAAGCUUCAUUAGGACAGACGAGCACAAGCUACCUCCUUGCGGACGCAAGCUCUACAACCCAUGCAUAUCCUACUAUCCCUUGGGACAAGCUAUGGGAAGAUGAUCAGUACUGGUUUCCGCUGCUCUUAGCAAAUAAGCCUUUCGCGGGUCGCGUGGAUUUCGAGGAGGGCUUCGGCAAGAUUCGCAAAUGGUGGUUUGGGACUCCAGAAAAAGCACAAGGCUGAACUCCCGUUCCAUAUGAUCCUCAGUAUUCCACGAUUAUCAUCUUAGAGGACAAGCAAAAGAUUAUCGCCCUUCUCAAGCUGUAACGGCGCGUCCACUGUAUCCAGCAUUGUCUUUUACCAAGGCAAAACCGGCUGCGCGGAGCUCGUGAUCGGGGAGGCGUCCUCUCAGCUUCUGUCGCUCCUUGGCGAGAUAUUCGACAAGUCCCAUCUCAUUCGAGGCGUGCGACGGGUUUCAGCCUGACGUAUAACGUUGCGUUCGUACCGAGGUCGUGCCGGC